ACAACAAUAAUUCACAAUCUCCCUAUUUUUAAAAAAUAAUAUAAGAGAGAGAUGAUAGAUAUAUAUUGAUAUAAUAGAUUCUAGACUAAGAAGGACACAAUUAGAAAAACAAUGGUCUAUUGAACUGGCAUUUUAAAUUUUUCUAUUAUUUUAGUCAUAAAGUAACAUCUUUUUUCUUUCCUUCACCUUUUUCUCUAAACCAAAUUUCUCUCUCAUUCUCAAGGUUAUUUCUCUCUACCCCUCCUACCACACUUUUCUUUAUAUAUAAACACAUCAUUAUUAUCAUCAUUAUCAUUAUCAUCAACACUUAUAAUAAACAUUGGCUUUACUUGUAACUCAUAACAACAAACACAAACAUGGGAAGAGCUCCUUGUUGUGACAAAGCUAAUGUCAAAAAAGGUCCAUGGUCACCUGAAGAAGAUGCAAAACUCAAAUCUUACAUAGAACAAAAUGGUACUGGUGGAAAUUGGAUUGCUCUGCCUCAAAAGAUAGGACUUAAGAGAUGUGGGAAAAGUUGUCGUCUAAGAUGGCUAAAUUAUCUUCGACCAAAUAUUAAACAUGGCGGUUUCUCGGAGGAAGAAGAUGAUAUUAUUUGCAGCCUCUAUGUUAGUAUUGGAAGCAGGUGGUCUAUCAUAGCGGCACAACUACCAGGACGAACAGACAAUGAUAUAAAGAACUACUGGAACACUAGGCUGAAGAAGAAGCUCCUUGGGAAACAAAGGAAGGAGCAACAAGCCCAAGCUCAAGCACAAGCUCGCCGAGUUAACAUCAUGAAACAAGAGAUGAAAAGAGAAACAGAUCAUCAUAAUUUGAUGGUAGCCGCGGCUUCCGGUGUUAAUAAUAUGAGUACUCAAGCUCCUUAUUGGCCAGCUGAGUAUUCUAUUAAUCCCAUGCCGGUUUCAAAUUCAUCCAUAACUGACUAUGAUCUGAGCAAUCAAACAUCCUUCACAAGCUUGCUUCAUCCAACCAUAAUGAACAUGACAAACCCUUUGGCCAUGGAGAGUAAUGCAAUUACAAACAAUGGUGGAAAUUGUCAACCAUCACAAAUAUUUCAAGGGUUUGAAAAUUUUCCAAGUGAUUUAAGUGAUUUUCUAUGUGUGAACCAACAACAAAUAAUGGAUAAAACAAUUGAUGGUUUUUAUGGAAUGGAAUCUAUAGACAUAAGCAAUGGUGGUAGCACAAUCACAACAACAUCAACAGAAAGCACUAGUUGGGGAGAUAUGAACUCUUUGGUUUACUCACCUUUGGUUUCUGACUAUGAUGGUUGUUGCCAACAAGGUUCAAUUCCUCAAGAUGUUGUUGCUUUUGAGGAAUCUAGGUAUUUUGGAAUGCAAAUGCAAUAACAAAUUUGUAUCAUUUGGGUGGGGGUGUAAAUUUCAAACAGCUAUAGAAGUUUUGUGUUAGUGUCAAAACCCUAAUGAGUUCACUUUCUUUCACAUAUAUUUGUUAUUUUUAUGGUUUCUUUUUCAUUCCAUUGUUUUGAACUUCUUCAUUUGCUUGAUUAUUGAUAUAUAUUAUAUAUAUUGAGUUCAA